AUGUCCAACUUUUUUCCUAAUUUUGGUAAUACAGAGGCAUAUUUUCAAAGUGAAUAUUGUAGCAGCAGUCCCGACCGUUUGGUGGCGAGAGACGGCUCGGACGCAACAUCUCCCAUCAUCAACAUCUACUGUGGCAUCCUCAACUCGCAGACCAUCACAUCAUCUUCCACUCACCUCUACCUCGAACUCAUCACAGACGAACUCAAUCAUAAACAGGGAUUUGCAGCCCUUUACAAUUUUGUUCCGCAGAUGUCGGUUGACGUCAGAACGGAUGAUGUUGGACUGAGCAAAAAUGUCAUCAAUCACGGUUCUUUUAUGAAUGCGAAUGCAAAUGUGCACAUCACUGAAUCAUUUCGCAAACCGCAUGACUCAGAUGACAAUCAUUAUCAUCAUCUCCGCGACAACAACAACAACAGCAGCAGCAGUAGUAACAACAACAACAACUUACUACACGACAACAAACAACAGUCGUACGUAAACAGAAACAACCGACAUAGCUUGGAGCUGCAACAGCAACAACAAAACUUGAAACACGAUUUUUCUAUAUCAACUAGCCCAGCCAAAAAAUUAGCGAGUUGGCAGAAUCUGAACAACUCUUCCCUAAAUUGUCAUCACGUACUCCACGCCGCUGCAUCAACUUGGCCACAGAAAUACUCGCAUAAUCAAGAGAUUUCAAUAAAUAUCUAA